GGGACAGUCCCGUGAAACGUAGCGGUGGAACGGACAGACAUUUUCAUCCUGCUCAAACACAUUCACACUGCUUGACAACAAGGAGAAGAAGAAAGUUAAAGAGAUCAUCAGCCUCUGCAUCUCAACAGCAACCUUUGUGAUGCCAGACUAACUGUGUGUGUGUUUGUGACAGAUAUCACUUGAAACAAAAGCUGCCGCUAGUGUUUGUCCAUUUGGAUCUUAGCUGUGAAGAAAAGAGUUUUUUUGAUUGAGGUCAAAGUUCAGCAGUCAUCAUGGCAGACGAAGCCGACAUGCGUAAUGAGCUGGCUGACCUGCAGACACGUGCAGACCAGAUCGCCGAUGAGUCUCUGGAGAGUACCCGGCGUAUGCUGGCUCUGGUUGAGGAGAGUAAAGAUGCUGGCAUCAGGACUCUGGUCAUGUUGGAUGAGCAGGGAGAACAACUGGAGCGCAUCGAGGAGGGGAUGGACCAAAUCAAUAAGGACAUGAUGGAUGCAGAAAAGAAUUUGAACAAUCUAGGACAGUUCUGUGGUCUAUGUUCAUGUCCCUGUAACAAGAUUAAGGGCGGGGGCCAGGCCUGGGGAGGGAACCAGGAUGGAGUGGUGAACAGCCAACCAGGGGCUCGAGUGGUGGACGAACGCGAGCAGAUGGCCAUCAGUGGGGGCUUCAUCCGCAGGGUAACAAAUGACGCCCGGGAGAACGAGAUGGACGAGAACUUGGAGCAGGUGGGCGGGAUCAUAGGAAAUCUGCGUCACAUGGCCUUGGAUAUGGGUCAGGAGAUCGACACCCAGAACCGCCAGAUCGACAGGAUCAUGGAGAAGGCUGAUUCCAACAAGACCAGGAUUGAUGAGGCCAACCAGCGUGCUACAAAGAUGUUGGGCAGUGGCUAAACUGCAGUUUAAAGUGCUUUCAACCCUGUUUAACCCCAGUCGCCCAAAAAAACAUAUAAAGAAAAAAAAAUCCCAAAACCAACUGAACCCUGCCCUGCCCCCAACACCAAUGCCGACAGCAGGCGCUGCAAACUCAUGCUUUUUAUUGUGAUACUGGUAGAAGUUUGCACAGAUGCACAUAUCAUUACCCCCCACCCACCCUCCUGUACCCACCCAUCACUUAAACUCCACCCCCCUCCAACCCUUGUUGUUAGUGUUGUUCUGUGAUGUUGCUCUAUGGAUUUUGUUCAGAAAUAAUAGUUUGGUUACACAACAUCGACCCAAACUCUCUCCACACUGUACAUAGUGCAUCUUUAAUGGCUUCAGUGAUUUAGAUCACUUGUCCCGUUUUCCUCAUUCUUCCUUGUUUUUUAAGUCUUUGUGUAAAAUAAACUGUAUGUACACUUCAUUUCCAUGAUGUCCUUUUAUCUAUGUCAGUAUUCUGGUGUUGUCUGUUUAAGACACACAGUGUAUUCAUCAGUUAGGAUGUCGAGAUGCUACUUGAUGUGGCCACAGUGAUUAACCCUGAAAAUAGUAAACACAGGCCACUGUUUAAAUACAAAGUCAUGUAGAUGUGAAGCUGCUCAAAUCUUACUAGUUACAUAGUAUACCAUUUAAGCAUUUGGGCCAUUUUGAAGGGAAGUGUGGCUUUUUGGUCAGGACUGCGUACCAACCCGAUUGAUGGUGACCAGUAUUAAAACAAUUCGAUGCCAGAUUGUAUAUUGUAAACCUUUUCCUCAGGGAGAUAAAUCUGAUCAUUCACAAACAAGGACAGAAUAUUGUAUUUAUGAGUUGUAAUCUACAAAACUUCAUAUUUGUAUCAUAUGGCUCAGUGUAUAUGUGAAAAGUUCCAUUUGUUAAUGGUCUGAAUGGAAUUAUCAGAGACAAAUAUUAGGCAUUUAACAUAACAUCUACUGUUGUUAUAAAAGGCCAGAAUCUAACCCCAAUCAGUUUAAGUGUUGAGCAUAUUAAGAGCAGGGUCGGCGACCUCUUUACCUCCCCAACGACCCGUCAUUCAACCCUAGGAAUAUGUAAUACUGCAUUAAGUGUUUCAUGCAUGUCCUUCCGCUGCUAGAAAAUACUAAAUAAUUCAUUUAUCCAGGCAAAAAUAUCACAACAUGGCAACUGCAUGCUACAUAUGUAGGCCACACAGAGAAGAAGCCCAUAUAUAUCUGCAAUAGUGCCACUCUGUUUCAUGUCUCUUUACCUUUCCAGACUGUGACCAUCACUGUAAAAUAAUAUGUACCUUGGGAAAUGCCAAUAAAACCAUCAAAACUGUAGGACCAAA